AUGGCUGAAUCGAAUGUUGCCAAAGAGUCCAGUGUCUUCAGGAACCCAGGCAGCCCAGCAUUGGACAUCUUUCCCAACGUGCGGAACUCCUUCUACAACUCGAUUGACAAGAAGACGCUAGAUAAGCUGGUGGUUCAUUGGGAGAACAACAUAGCGAGCAGGAUGGUCUGGGUCGAUUCUGAUAAGAAUCCCUACCGCAUGUUUGUGGCGCCUUUGGCCUACACGGUACCCGUCGUAGGCUUGGCCAUGGCCGCAGUCUCGUCUCAGCACGCAUCGUCGCCUGCUGGGUAUGAAGAGCUAUCUCGCAAGGCGCGUGAUGAGGCCAUCGAUAUGAUAUCGGCUUACGUCAAGAAUAUCACCAGCCACGUCCUGGCGGGCCAUGAUGUGGGGAUGCAGUUGAACGAACAAUCAGUCGAACGAAUGCUGGCGGCCAUGCUGUUGCUGUCGUGCUACGAGAUGACGGAUAGCGGGAGCUCGGCAGCAGACUUUCAUAGACGGGCUGCGAGGUCUCUUGUCAACACGUUCGAGACGACUAGGCACAAAAGAAGUGCUCUUUUCGAGUUCCUCCGAAAUCAACUAUCCAUUCACGACGUAAUGGCCUGCACUACAUCUUUCCAACGAUCGACCAUGAAAGAUGUCAUUCUUCCCAGCCCGAAAGACCAGUCUGUUCUGUUCUCGUCUUUUCUAACAUAUCUGUAUGAUGUCACGUUACUUUCAAGUGAACUCCCAUCUUCAAGGGCGCGGUCGGUGCGUCUUGGGCUAUCACUACGUCACAUACAGACACAGUUCGAGGUGGCCAGGGGAGAAACUCUGAUGGCUUGUGGGCGCCUCAUGAUUGAGCCAGCAAGUCGACGCCGAGAUUUUAUUUGCGUCGUGAAUAUCAUGCAUUACGCCGCCAUGCUCUACGCGGCGCGAUGCUUGGACCUGGGGUCGCCCCAGAUCUGCUCUGGGUAUCUGGAUUCAUUGUUUGACCAGAUUGCCGCCAUGUCGGUUGCCAAGGACUGGCUGCACUGUAUCGCGUGGGCGGUUUUCGUCGCCGGGACCGAAUGUCACGGAGACGGUCGUCGGCAAGCUAUCAUAGCAGAACUGUAUGACCAACUAUGCGAGAAUAUGCGAUUCAGGAAUUUUCACGAUGCGAUGCAUUUCUUGCGCGAUUUUUGGAAUGGAACAGAUGCAGACUGGCGAUGGCUGGCUCGAGACUGGGAGUCGAGUGGCCAUGGUGUCUUGUUGUCAUAG